CUGUGCUCGCAGGUGGACCUGCCCCAUGUGAAGUGCAAAGACCAGGAGCCACAGCCCUUGGGAGAGAGCAAGGAGCAUCAGCGGUGGGAAGAGAACUGCAAGGAGGAAGCUGGUGGAGGGCCAGCUAGUGCCAGUUGCCAGCUGACAGUGCUGGAAGGGAAGUCGGGACUCUACUUCUCCUCUCUGGACUCAAGCAUCGACAUCCUGCAGAAGAGAGCCCAGGAGCUGAUCGAAAACAUCAAUGAGAGCCGGCAAAAGGACCACGCACUCAUGACCAACUUCAGGAACAGCCUGAAGACCAAGGUUUCGGAUCUGACAGAGAAAUUAGAGGAGAGGAUCUAUCAGAUUUAUAAUGACCACAACAAGAUCAUCCAGGAAAAGCUCCAAGAGUUCACCCAGAAAAUGGCAAAGAUCAGCCAUUUGGAGACAGAGCUCAAACAAGUCUGCCACAGCGUGGAAACUGUGUACAAAGACCUGUGUCUCCAGCCUGAGAGCCUAAGACUCAGACGGGGGCCAGAUCACUCUAGGGGGAAGUCCCCACCACGUCCCAGCGACUCACAGCCCCCAGACGUGUUCGUUUCUUCUGUGGCUGAAACUACUUCUCAGGUGGUUACCAGUAAACUGGCCCGACACCGUGGGGUCAGAUGUGCAGUUCUUUAUUUUCCUCUCCCUCACUCUGCUCCAACACCCAGCAUAAGGCACUACCCCCAGAUGGGAGGGACGGAGGGCACACUGUGAACUCGGUGUGAGGGGGUUGGCUGGAGC